AAUCAUACUUUUCAGAUUUUGGCCUUUAAAACUUGAGGGCUCCGACAAGAAUUUCAGAGUUUAUCAAGUUCCGGCCACAUAAGAGUCCGGGCUCCAAUCCAUUUUGAUCCGUAAAGAGCUUCUCAGUCGUCUUCUUACGUCGGGUUAUAAACUCAUUUUCUCAAGUUUCUCUUACAAUUUUCAAUCUCCUCUCGUUAUGUGCUGCACAUAACUUUUCUCUCCUACAAAAUUUUUUCGCCGAAAAUGGGAAUCGACAGGAAGGGGAAGGAGAAGAAGAGCAGGAAGAGAACCUCCUCUCUGUCGUCAUCUGAAGAUGAAGGAAGAAGAAGGAAAAGACGGAGAAGUGAUGAUGAAAGGAGAAAUAGAAAGAGUGAUAAGAAAGAGAAGAGAAAGGACAAGAAGUCUCAUAGGCACCACUCUGAUAAAGAGAAGAAGUCUAAGGAUAAGCACAAAAGUAAACGACACGAAGGGGAUCACCACUCGAAAUCUGAGUUUCAAGAGCUGUCUAAUGACGACUACUUCUCCAAGAAUAAUGAGUUCGCUACAUGGCUAAAAGAGAAGAAGAAAAUGUUUUUCUCUGAUCUUUCGUCUGAGUCUGCACGAGAAUUGUUUUCAGUUUUUGUCAAAGACUGGAACUCUCAGAAGCUUGAAUCUCGAUAUUAUGAGGGCAUUUCAAGUGCACCUCGGAGUGCCCAUAACUGGGCAUUCAAGCGUUAGAAAAGAAAAUAGCACCGGUGGUUUGCUUUGCUUUGUUUCUGUUUGUCUCUGUAUCCUGUUCUUCCGACACCGAAGAACACAUAACUUUUGAAUCAACUUAUGUUAGAAUGUUGGCAUUUUGGGCCAUUCAAUGAA